AUGUUGGCCAAGCAAGCUCUUUUUAUUUCUGCACUUCUGCCCUUGAUUCAAGCUCAAGAAUCUACAUCAGAAACGGUUUUGGGUGUUUAUAUCUUCCAUCGUCAUGGAGAUCGUACUACAAAAUCCUAUGCUCCCACAUCUUUGACAGAUCUUGGUUAUGCUCAAGUUUAUGCUUCGGGUAAUUAUUAUCGAAAUAGAUAUAUCGAUUCCAACGCCUCCUCUCCUCUUUACAAAAUCAGUUCGGACAUAGCCAAGGUCUCUCAAUUGAAUGUUCAAGCACCAGUCGAUAAUGUCCUUCAGAAUUCUGCAGCCGGAUUUCUUCAAGGUUUAUACCCACCUGUUGGCGCAACAUUGGGAAGUCAAACACUUGCCAAUGGUACAAGUGUUGAAGCUCCGCUAGGUGGUUUUCAACUCAUUCCUGUCAAUGCUGUUGCCACAGCAUCUAGCAGUGCCAAUUCCGAGAGUUCGUCCUGGCUUCAAGGUUCCAGUGGUUGUGGAAUGGCUGUUACCAGCUCUAAUAACUACUUCUAUUCGGAAGAAUAUGCGAGUCUACUCAAUUCAACCAAGAGCUUUUAUCAGAGCCUUCUCCCUGUAAUCAACACCACUUUCAAUUCCAGCACGGAUACUUUCAAGAAUGCAUACACAAUUUAUGACUACAUUCACGUCUCUACCAUACACAAUUCGUCUAUUCCUUCCGAGGAUCUUCUCACGGAUGAGACACAGGCUCAAUUGCUAGCCCUAGCCAACACUCACGAGUUCAACCUCGCAUAUAAUGCUUCGGAUACCAUUCGUGCAAUUGCAGGAUCUACAUUGGCAGCUCAGAUUCUCCAACAACUCAACACCACCAUCACCGGAAAAUCCGCCGUCCCCGUCUCCAUCCAAUUCGGCGCCUACGCCUCCUUCCUCUCCUUCUUCGGCCUUUCCGGACUCUCCACCCUCUCCCCAAACUUCACCGGCAUCGUCGACUACGCCUCCUCCAUGACCUUCGAACUCCUCACCAACGCCACCGUCUCCAAUACCUCCUACCCCUCUCCCUCCGACAUCUCCGUCCGCUUCUACUUCUCCAACGGCACCGCCUCCGAAAACCCUCUCCAUUCCUACCCUCUCUUCAACCAAUCAGAACUCACUCUCCCUUACACCACUUUCGUAGACGAAAUGAACAAAUUCGCCAUCGGAGAUCAAGAUGCCUGGUGUACCGCAUGCGGAGAAUCAACAGGAGAUUGCGCGUCUUCUACCGCUUCAUCGUCUUCAAGCUCGGGCUCGGGCUCCGGCUCCUCGGGAAAUAGUAAUGGAAAUGGAGGAAUGUCGAAAGCGGUAGCGGGGGUAAUUGGCGCAAUGGUUACGUUAGCGGUGGUGUUGGGUCUUGAGGCGUUGGUUUUGGUGGGAGCGGGAUUGAGGGUCGUGAGUAGGAAGAGAUUGGGUGCGGGGACGCAGGCGGUGGCUGGGGAGCAGGGGGAAAAGUAG